GAGAUUUGGAAGUGUUGUCAAGGGACAUGGCUUCACUCAAAGUCAAGCUGAUCACACUAUGUUCUUCAAACACUCACGUGAAGGUAAGAUUGCCAUCUUAAUAGUGUAUGUUGAUGACAUUAUUAUGACAGGAGAUGAUAUUGGAGAGAUUAGUGAUCUAAAGAGAAGACUUGAGGCUGAGUUCGACAUCAAGGAUCUUGGAAAAUUAAAAUACUUUCUCGGUAUGGAGUUUGCAAGAUCGAAAGAAGGAAUUUUCCUCAACCAGCGGAAGUAUAUACUUGAUUUACUCACAGAGACAGGGAUGACGGGGUGUAAGGCAGCAGAAACACCAAUGGAUCCCAAUGUGAAACUAAAAUCAGUUGCUGAAGAUGAAAUAAUAGAUAGAGAACGCUAUCAACGGUUGGCUGGUAGGCUAAUUUAUUUGUCACAUACAAGGCCUGAUAUAGCAUUUGCUGUGAGCGUAAUAAGCCAAUUUAUGCAUGCACCAGGGCCAGCCCACUUUGAAGCUGUUUUCAGAAUAUUGAGAUAUUUAAAGGGAACUCCAGGAAAAGGGUUAAUGUUCAGAAACAGAGGGCAUAUACAGGUUGAAGCCUAUACAGAUGCUGACUGGGCAGGUAAUAUAAAUGAUCGGAGGUCUACAUCCGGAUAUUGUACCUUUGUAGGUGGAAACUUAGUUACAUGGAGGAGCAAAAAACAAAAUGUUGUAGCAAGGAGCAGUGCAGAGGCUGAAUUCCGAUCGGUGGCUCAUGGUUUUUGUGAAGUACUAUGGAUCAAAAAAUUCAUGCAAGAAUUGAAGAUUGCAGGCCCAACUCCAAUGAAAGUUUAUUGUGAUAAUAAGGCAGCUAUUUCUAUUGCUCAUAACUCUGUUCUACAUGAUAGAACGAAACAUGUUGAAGUGGACAAGCACUUUAUUAAAGAAAAAAUUGACAGUGGUGAGAUUUGUAUGUCCUAUAUACCUACCAAAAGUCAAGUAGCAGAUGUCCUCACAAAGAGCCUACCUAAGAGACAUUUCGAUGACAUGGUGUGCAAGCUUGCUAUGAAUGACAUAUUCAUGCCAGCUUGA